AUGAUCCAAGUUUAAUGGUAAGAACUUAGCCUAGUUGACUUAAAUAACACCUUGUUAUGAACCAUAUGACAUAAUUUUCAUCUUUCAUGCGUUUUUAUGCACGCACUGAUAUGAGCAAUCAUAUUUAGUUAGACUUUUAGUGCUGUUUUUCUUGGUCAUAAAAAUGGUAUUAAUGGUCAAUAUUCUAUGAUAUUCAAUGAAUGUUGACUGCAUCUUGUUCUUCACUUUAUAUUGUCAAAUGUUUUUAUUUUUAAUUAAUAUAUUGGUCAAAUAUUUAAAUCUCAACAUGCUUUGUGUUAGGGAAUAUUGAUUGGGUCUUUUCUCCAAUCAUGUUCCAAAUUAAUGUGUAGGAUCAUACUGAGGAAUGUAGCACGUUAAUUUUAGUUUAUUUAUUAAGUCAAAAUACAAUGUCUUUUAGUGAUAUUUAGUUAAGUAGAGAGAUGUAGAGGUUGUGGAGAGAAGUAUGAGAGCGAGCAUCAGACUGGUAAUUUUGGCCAGUUUUUUCGAGUCGGAUCCGAACCAUUACAGAAUGCCGUUUGCGGACCUGUCUAGAAGAGUGAGAGAUGACUUUGCAGCCCUCCCCAGAGGCGCGCGAUCUCCGGAGAUGCAGGACCAGUGCUCCGGCAGAUCUCUCCUCUUGCUCGGGCACUUACGGCGAGCUCUGAUCGCCGCCCGGUGAAGCUCUUCCGCUCGAGCGACCGGAGCACGCCGGAGAAUCUCGUGGCGGCGGCGGUGGCCGCCGUCCUCUUCCCCCCAUUGUGUGUGGGGCGAAGCGGUGGGUGGUGGGAGAGAAGAUGGCCUUCAUGGCGGUGCUCGAGUCAGAUCUGCGCGCUCUCUCGGCGGAGGCUCGUCGGAGGCACCCGGCUGUGAAGGACGCAGCUGAGCACGCGAUCUUGAAGGUGGGUGGCUGGAUACCAUGGGCUCCAUCUAUUUUUUUAGAUGAUGAUCUCUCCGGUUCACCUCAGCCGGUUUUUCUGCUGUUGAAUCGGGAUUAUAAUUUCCGUGUGCCGGCUUUUUUCUUCGGUGAUAGAUACUCCCCUAAAGUAGACGACGAUGCUCCUCAGGCAUCACAUAAAUGCCAGAUGGCUCAUUUUAAACCUCCAAAACGUACCGGUGCUUUGACUGUGAUGGAAGCUUAUCAUAAGUCGUUUGUAAUGCGUGGGGAUGGCUCUGAAGCCUGUUUGGUGGGACUAGUAGGCGGGGCACAUGCUUGCAGAAAGAAUUCUAGGUGCAUUUGUUGCUGCUAAACUAGGAGAAGCUGGUGGGUAGUGGACUGUUGUAAGACAAGAGGGGACAUCAAUACGGUGGAGAAAACUGCGAAUCUUCCUCAAGAGGAGGGCACUAAAUGGCUAGUGAGCUUGUUUCUCCUGCAAGAAGCUUCAGGUCAAACGACAAUUCAAGGUCAUUUGCAAACAAAAUGGAACGUAUUAUGCUAAAUCCCUCGUCGAUUUGAUGAAUGCAGAGGAAGUAAGAUAUCCUUCAGUUUGGGGGCAUUUGGAGAAUUAAAUUAAAGUUAAUAGCUGGAAUAUUCGAGUGGUGGGUCUUCAUGACAAGAAGUUGUCAACCAUACCUUGUUAAUCUGCCAGGUUUGCUAGAUGAGGGUUUGCCGUUCUCAUGGUCACUUUUGGGCUGUAUGAGUGGCCAGUAUAUCUUCCUUACAACCUUUGAAUAAAAACAAUGCCUGAUAUUAACUAGCUUCAAUGUUGAGGAAAAACAGGCUAAUUAGAGGACACAAGUUGGCCUAGUGUAAUGCAUAUAUUUAUGUCUAUAUAAAUGCUAUUUCUUUUAGAAUCUGGGGACUGCAUUAGUUCUGAUUCCUUACCCUGCAUCAACUCAAACAGGUCCCUGAUUAUUAAGUGAAAAAUUCAUUUGCAUAAAGAUUAAUUACUUGAUUACUAUUUGGCAUGCAUUAGAUCUUGUUGUCCCUGAAUUUUUUGAAUUUUUUUCAUUUAAAACCUUCAUCAUUUUGCUGUUAUCGGUUGGAGUAAGAGAUACUAACGUUAUGUGUUGUUUUUGGCUGCAGCUUCGUUCCUCAUCCAGUCCCAAUGAAAUUGCACAGAAUGACAUAGUACGAAUAUUUCUUAUGGCUUGUGAUGUUAAGUCAGUGAAACUUAGUGUGAUUGGUCUCUCGUGCAUUCAAAAGCUCCUGUCAAACGAUGCAGUAAUCACUUCGUCACUUAAGGAUAUAAUUUCAACAUUGAAGGAUGUAAGGAUCUUUCCAAACAUAUAGCCAGUAUUUCUUUUUGGUGAAAUACGCUUUUUAGUUUAGAUAAUUUCUGAUCAUUUUUAUUAUCUACCAUAUCAUUAGCUUUGCAGUAUAUGUACAAUGAUAAAGAUAGGAUAUCAAAUCGGCUACCUCAUGAAGAGGCUGACAUGUGGGGGUUCCUUUGCUUGGGAUCUCUUCUUAAUUGAAUUAGGAGACUUCAUACACAUGGAGCUAAAAAAAUCUUUAUGAGGUUCUAAGUUUCCUGUUUCUCUCUUGGAGAUAUUUGGCAACAGAAAUGUAAUUGGCUCGGGAAACAAAGUGAUGUAUAUGAACGGAUCAAAGUUUCCUAAAUCCAUCAGAAGCUACUUUCAUAGGAGAUUUUUUGUGUGGGUCUUUUAAACAAUGUCUUUAGCUCUUUUUAUCCAUCUUAUUUUUAUAAAGAUGCGACUGCCAACCCAUUGUUGACUGCAUGGAACAUCGAUUGCUGACAUCUCCUGCCUCUCUUGCUCUCACUUGCUCAUAGAGGGUUGUCUUGGCUAGAUAAUGGUUUUUUUAAAGCAAUGAAGGAGAUGGUCAUUGUCUGAAGUGCUUUAGCAAUUGUUGUUUACAUAUUUGAAACUCAUUAUACACAUUUGAAAUCUCUGGCAAAUAAGUUAAGCAUAUAACAAAAAAGUAAAAUCAUGAUAAUAAAUUACUGUGACAAGAUUUUAAGGGUGAUGAAGAAAGUUAUUAUCUAUUUUGAUAUGAUUCUCAUAUUGGCACUUGAUGUUGUCCUAUAUAUACACAUAGGUGGAGCUUAUUUUUUGGUUGCCUUGGGUUUUAUUUUAUGAACACGUUUACAUUAUAUUGUUUAAUUGUUUGCUUCUCUGCCCUUGCUCCAUUUAUGCGGGAAAGUGAGCUACUGUAAUGUGUUUUUUAUAGUCACUGGAGGUCUAUAUUUUUUCUCAUAUGCUCUUAGAGGACCAUUGACUGAAAGUAGUUUUCUUUUUAUUUGAUUGACUAGCUUUGGUAUGACCCUGACGUCACAAGUAUCAUUUCCUUUUCAGCAUGCUGAAAUAGCAGAUGAAGCCGUUCAACUUAAAACCUUACAAACAGUGUUAAUCAUAUUCCAGUCACAUUUGCAUCCUGAAAAUGAGGUAUAAAUAAUCUGGUCCUUGGUUAGUACAUACAAGGCUUAUUAUUCAUAGUUCCAUGCAAUUUUCUGUGUUCAAAUGUUUAGUUGUUACAAAAAUUCCAGUUGAAAUUUUUUGCCUGUUCAAUCUGUAUGAUUUCCUGUUAUUAUGUGCUAGCAAUUAAAUACCACUUGUGCAAAACAUUACCUUUGUUACACCUGUAAGCACUUAAGUUUCUAUUCUUCUGUUGUUAUCCUAUUUUUUCUUUCCUCCAGGUUACAAUUUUAUGGGCAUAUUCGUGAGCAAUAUAAGAUCCAACUUUGAGAAACUAACUGGGGUUGAGUUAGUUCUUAUUCAAAUUUUGUAAGAAGUGACAUGGGAAAAGAGAAUAGUGAGCCUACGAACUUGGGUUUAGCUUGGUGGAGUUGGCAAUGUUUGAGGCGUCUACCUGCUGAGGAUGGGAAGAAUAUUUCAGGUAUAGAGGGUGAUACUUUCUACAGAAGAAAAUGUGUUAAUUGUGGUCAUCCCGAUCAUGAGUGUGGACUCAUUCUCUAGUUUCAUGCACAAUCUUGUGUUUUCAUAGAAAUACAGAGGAGAGUAAUGGGGUUAUCUUAGCCUUAAAUUCUGAAGUAGAGCUCUCAACAAAAUUGCAAAAAUAAAACUAAAAUAUAUCCUGAGGAGAGAAGUUGUGUCUUUCUUGUAGCACUUUUUCAUCACUAUCUACAUCAGUGACAACUCUUGAUAGAACAAGGUGGGCUGAAACAAAAAAAGUAAUUGAAACUCAAUAUCAGUGA